AUGCGCCGCUCCACACCUGGAGUCUUUAGCAGCAUGGAGCCUCAUACCCCAAGAGUGUGUGGGCCUAAAUCAAAAACUUCAUUUCGGGCGAGUUCUGAUGACUCCAGACGUUGUGUUCCUCCACCGGUGCCUUGCCGAAAUCAGCCUCCUCCUCUUCCCCCAAAACAUUGCAUUCGCAAGAAUUCUGGAGUUGAAUUUAGUAAACGUAGGGAAGCCGUUGAUCCCUUGGAUUAUGGAAAAUAUGUCUAUGAAUCAAUAAACGAAUGUUGCAAUAGAAGUGCGCCUUAUGAAUCGAGAACCUUUAAAUUACCCUUUUCCACUUUUCCAAUUGACCCCAACACUGAAAUGCUCAAGGGACCUUGUACAUGUAGCCUGGGAACUGGUGGAGGGACCAAAUCAUCGUUUAACUCCAAUAGCCAAAGUCCUGUAUGGUCCAAAAUGCCUUCACGUCCCUCUGAAUCUUCCCAAUCCACAACUUAUCCGGGCUCAAGCAGCAUUCGUGAUCCUCCUCCUAGCAACGAGAAAAUUUCCUCAAACGUGGAUAAUCGUCCAUGGACUCUUUCCCGGUUUUCUAGAACAAUGAGUCGCAUCUUUCGAUUGAAAGGCUCUCAUAGAAAUAGCAAAUCUAAUUCCAUCCGCUCCCGAUCAGUUUAUUUUACUGAAUUUCCAGAUAAGUUUAGUGUAAAUGCUACGCCGGGGCCCUGUUCCACGAGAGCCAUGAGAUCCCCGGUUUCUAAUUCACCUGUUGUAACACUUCCUUCAUCUCCAACACUCCCACUUCCUCCAACAAGGAAAGGAGAACCUGGAACUUCUACGGUUUUGUGUCACGAUGCCGUUCAGACGAUUAUGCCUUCGACAGACUUGGGAACGUGCAGUAGUCCAGCGGGAAUAUCCUGUGUUCAUCACGUCCACCACAUUCAUCAUGUGCAUCACGUUCACCAUCACCUUCAUCAUUUACCCCCUCCUGCCAAUUCUUCUAUUCCUUCCACUUCUCUCCCUCUUCCUGUCUCUUCUCAACCUUCUGUUGCCCCGGCAACUACUACUUCCGCAGACGACGCUGCUGCUCUUAUCAUGAUGCUCGAGUCUGGCGCUACGCUUGGUGAAACUCCUCCUCCAAUUUCAGUCCUUAAAGACUCGAAAACCAUCGCGACAACUGAACAGCAGGUGGUUGGAAAUUCUGGAAAUACGCACACCUACAGUGCAUAUGGAGUUAGGGGAGGUGGGGGUGCGAAUGCAGGACCGUGUUGUCCCGCCGACACGGUACCAUCUCAACAGGGGGUGCACACCUCCACUUCUACCACGCUCCAUCGUCAGAAUACUGUCUGCUCGAAUCCUCGCUGCAUAACCACCACUACCCAUUCAUGUCGUCCUCAUGUUCAAGGUUCCCCAUGCGACCAUCUUAGGACGCCAACUUCAAUCGAGUUGGCUGAAUUAGCUGAAGCCGGUGCGGAGGCAGUUUUCGCCACAAGCAGUCGGCCAACAGCAACAAGUAGUGGAUCCUUCACUGUAGAGCCUCCCCACUUAUCAUCCUCGCCUCCUAAUACCACCACCACCACAGCAGCCCAACAACACAACAUCAAUGCUUCAGCCCCGAAUUCUCCAGCACCUGGAUCCAGUGGACAGACUCAUUUGAUGCAUCAUAUGCAUCACCAUCAUAUGCACCACAUGUUGCAUCAUCUUCGAACGCCUUCUGUACCUACAUCUACUUCCACUCUGGGUGUUGGACAGAACACUACGACCGCGACAAUUGCUCAGUCAGUUCCAACUUCGGCUUCUAAUCAACAGUCUUCCACAAAUGCGGCGGACCAUAGGUCUUCUUUCCAGGAGAGUAUGAAGGCUUUGAGAAAGAUGGGUUGGUAUUGGGGUCCCCUGAGCUUUACUGAGGCGGAGAAACUCCUUGCUAACCGGCCCGAUGGUACAUUCCUCGUACGAGACAGUGCCCACGAUACCUUCUUCCUCUCCCUGAGUUUUCGUGUUCGCGAUUCUACCUAUCACACUAGGAUUGAACAUAAUCAAGGACGAUUCAGCUUUUGGUUCGAACCGGAGUCUCAUAGUGCAAGCACAGUGGUGGAGUUUAUCGAAAAGGCCGUUGCACAUUCAAUUGGUGGAAAGUACCAUUACUUUCUGCAGACAAGCACACCAGGUCAACAGCCCGUAGAGGUAUCUCUCCUAUACCCUCUUUCGCGAUUCCAGGUUGUGCAAUCACUCAAACACUUGGCACGUUUCACCAUUCUCUCCCAUGUCCGACGAGACCAUGUAGCGCGCCUACCACUACCCCCCAGCCAGAUUGGUUAUCUCCUGGAAAAACAAGUCUAUUGGGAGUCCCUGGAAGAUUUUGAAGAGGCUAUUCGUGAUCGACCGCCUCUUCAAUUUCCUCUCCGCUCUUCUUCUCCCCAAAAACCUUGA